AUGGACCUUCGUACAUCCUCCCACAUACCGUCAGAGGUUCUCGCACAGUUCUAUACAGCUGUGCGGAUCACGGUCGCAGUAGUCUUCUUCACCAUCACGAGAGAACCUCCUGCGUUUCUGGUCCAAGUUGGGCCACCUUUGUCUGCCCUGACCACCGCACUUUCUCCUUGCUUCAUCAUUCUUCUCGUUCCAUAUUAUGUUCGUCUCGCAACGCGACGAACACCACGUGUUGCGCCCACAUAUAUCGAUGAGAGUGUCUGUACAGAUAUCGAGGAAGAGGAUGAACGAGCGGAAGUGGAAAUGAGCGAAAUCGAUAUCAGUAGCGAUGAAACCGUCAUUCACGAUGCCAAUUGGGAAGAAGAGGACGGUGGAAAAGUUGAUAAAUGUGAGAGCCAUAGCAUAGUAUUCCAGGACGAAAUAGCCGGCGAGGCCGGUCGGGAUGAAGGAGAUACUGUUGAAGAGGGUUCGUCUGAGGGAAACGACGGGAGACUACUGGUGGGGAGUGAUAUGUUGUCAAGCGAUGAGACUGUUCAUGAAGUUUUCACUAUUGAAGAAGACGCCGGGGGCAACGAAAGACUCGAGGAAGCCGAUAUAGAGUUCAAUGAUGAGAUCGCUCGCGCUGUCCAUCUGGAUGAGAUGGCUGUCGGGACGUUGCAGUCCAGCCUGUAUGGCUAUGAGCUCCCGCAGUACAACCCCUGCAAGAUAUAG